CUGGUAGUGAAAGCGGCAGGCCACUUCAAAAAGGCCCAGUUGUGGGCUCACAAGCCUUGGAACGCAGCCUGUGCACACCUGAUGGCGAUGGCGACGGGUGACGGGCGACGGCGCAGCAGGAGGAGGUCGGCAACUGGGAUCGUGUUGGGGGCGGGUAGGUCGGCAACUGGGAUCGUGCUGGGGGGAGAGUGGCAGCCCACCCCAGCUGAUCGAAGGAUCUUUGUCACGUUGUUUGGUGGAGGAGGAGCGGGAGGAGGAGCGGGAGGAGCGGGAGGAGUGGGAGGAGCGGGAGGAGGGAUGGGAAAAGGAGCGGGAAAAGGAGGAGCGGGAGCAGGUGCAGGAGAAGGAGCGGGAGGGGAAAUGCGAAGGGGCGGAGGAGCCGCGGGAGGAGGAGCUGGAGUAGGAGGAGCGGCAGGGGAAACGGGAAGGGGGUUAGGAGCGGGAGAAGGAGCACGAGGAGAAACGGGAAGGGGCGGAGGAGGCGCGGGAGGAGGGGCGGUAGAAGGAGCGGAAGGGGGAGCAGGAGCAGAAACGGGGAGGGGGAGAACGAGCGGGAGUGGGGCUAUGGAGGGAUCUUUGUCACGUUGUUUGGCGGAGGAGCGGGAGGGGGAGGAGGACGAGGAGGAGUGGGACGAGCGGGAGAAGGAGCAAGAGGAGGCGUGGGAGAAGGAGCGGGGAAGCAGCCGGAGCGGGCCUAUGGUGCGGGAAGAGGAGCGGGAGGAGGGGGAGGAGGAAUGGGGGGGAAAGCAGGAGAAGCAGCGGAAGGAGGACGAGCAGCAGGGGGAGCGGGAGGAGCAGCAACAGAGGGAGCGGGAGAAGGAGAGGGAGGAGGAGUUGGAGAAGGAGAGGGAGGAGGAGUUGGAGAAGGAGAGGGAGGAGGACCGGGAGAAGGAGCGGGAGCGGAGCUAUGGCGGGAUCUUUGUCAUAUACAUUGUGCGCAUCUAUUGGUGUCGCCACGUCGCAGCCGGCUGUGAUGAGGUGGCGCGUCAUGUUACUGCUAUGUUCGCCUCCUUACAAAAGGAGCUUCUGCAUCCCAAUCGCCAAUCCAAUCAUCAUGAUGGGCAAAUGUUAUGCGAGGAUGGAUCGGCAGUUUCAGAAGCCCCUCAGCUAACGUCUUCUGGUAAUGGCGUAUGCGUGGCACAGCAGCGUAUUCCAUCUCUUCAGGAAGAGGAGGGGAAUGGGAACGUGGCCAGUGCGGCGCAUCAAGCAGGUGUGAUGAUUGAUCUGCCAGUUUCAGGCAGUGGACAUGGCUUGGGGGCCACGGGUUUGUCGUCCGUUGAGGAGCGGCUGAGGCUGCAAGCCUUUCCUAAGUCGCAAGAGGAGUACCUGAAGGAUCAGCUGCCGGAUGUGGAACUAGGGAGGGCAGUGUUCACGCAUGCACUCCAUGUAGUCGAUGUCGGGGGAGUGGUGCGUUGGGAUUUGGCAAAUGCUCAAGACAUGUACAUAUCACCCCAUGACAGUGCCAGCAUGGCCCAAGGAAGUGCUUCUAGGGCUGUCUGCAAACUGGAAGAGGUCUUUCAAGUUAAAGGGCUCAGGCUUCACCAGGGCUUGACAGUUUUGGAUCUGGGUGCAGCACCGGGGGCAUGGACUGAGUUCCUUAGCAAGAGAGUUGGCCUGGUGGUUGCGGUCGAUCCGGCAGAAAUGAGUUCUCAAGCGAUGCGCAAAAAUGUUAUACACAUCAAGACAAAGGCGGAAGAUGCAGUCGAGGAGAUUGCUGCGAGGCUUGGCGAUCAACCUUUUGAUGCCCUCGUUUGUGACGUCAACAAGCAUCCUGUUCAGAUUGCCCAACAGAUGGCACUUAAGUUGCUUCCAUUCCUGAAACCGAAAGGUCUCUUUGUCAUGACGAUGAAAUUUCAUGGGCGCGGCAGGGAUAAGUCUACUGUGGUUGAGGAGGUGGAGAAGCUCUUGGCGCCCAGUGUACAAUCUCUGAAGUGUAUGUGGCUUCUAGCCAACACAAGUUUUGAGAGAACUCUUGUUGGUGUCAAAAGCUAUGCAGAUAAGUAGAUAGAUAGAUAGAUAGAUAGAACACACACACACACACACACACACACACACACACNGAGAGAGAGAGGCGCGGAGAGCAGGUCGGUGAAGAAGGUCUUAGAAAUAAAGAAGAUGUAGAACUCCUUCUGUCAUUCCACAACUUAUUUUGCUAGUAAUUUAACUUUGGAAGUCAGGAAAAGAGUGUGUGCUUGGGCGUUUGCCAUGAGAUUGCAAUUGUUAAUCUACUGGCCAAGAAGGUAGGGUACAGGUGUAGGUGUCCACUGUAGGAUGGUAUUUCCAACAUCAAGAAUUGGAAAUAGGAAAAAAAGUGAGGUCAUUGUUUCCCUCUAUCCACUCAUCCAAUGAGCAAAUGCCAAAUGGGCUG